AUGUUAUCAUAAAAAUCAAAUAGAAGAUUUGUGCCAAAUCAGCUAUCCGACAAUUAUUAGAUCAUUGAUAGAAGAAUGGAUGUCGAAUCUUCUCAUUCUAAUCAUCAAACAAAAAGUAAAUAAAUUUUCAAUACUUAUAGUAAAGUAGUCACAUAAUUUUCAGAAGUUUGACACACUAUGUUCGAUAGAAAAUUUGAAAUUUAUUUAGAUUUGCAAUAAAGAAGGUCUGGUAUAAGAGGAUAAUCUCUUGUCGCCUUAAAGAAAGUCCUAUUUAAAUACAAGAACACCCUAUCACAGAGUUUUAAGGAUGAAGCAAUAAUGCAACAGACUGCAUAAAAGUAAAAGUUAAAUAGAGGCUGCAAAUGUCAUUUAAGACAUUAUCCGAAUCAGAAGAAGAAGUGAAUACGAGAGAGCUAGUGAUAAAUUAGUAAAUAUUUUAAAUAUGAAUUAUAGGUCAGACUCUCAACACUGUAUCCAACUACAUUUGUUGCUUAACAUCUUUAAUAAAAAGCCUUAAGAAAGAAUGAAAUGAGAAAGAAAUCUAUCUUCAAAAGAAUGUCAAGUAUUUUAAUUAAACAUUCAAACAAUAUCAAAACCUAAAGUAGUUUAGGAGCAUCAUAAUUACAAAAGUUGGAUGAAUCUCCUAUAAAACUGGAAGAGAAAUCUCCAACCAUUAUUAUUCGGUAAUUUGAGUUACAACUUGGUUAAAUGAGAGAGUCUCAAGAACUAUUGUGUAACAUGUAGAAUUCAGAGAAAUAUAUUUAAUUUCAAGAAGAAUUGAAAAGAUAUUCUUAAUCUCUUAAUAAUUCUCCGGUUGCAAAACGAACUUUAAAGAAACAAUAAACAGAAUAAAAUUCAGAUUAACCAAAGGUUGUCUUGAAUUUGAGCAAAAAAUAAAGAAAGACAUUUACCUCGAUUCAAAAUUAUGUUAAUGAACGUUAAUAAAGUAUUCAGGCGAAUUAAAUAUCAAAAAUGAUGGACUAGGUUUAAUUGUAAUAUCAUUAACUUUAAAGUCUCACAGAAACUGAUAGUUCAUCUCCAAUCAAAUUAAAAACUGCAUUUACUACAAGAAAUAUAAAUCAUAUUAAAUCAUUGUCUAAUCUUCCAGAUAUAAGAGAGACUGCAACAUAAAGAUCAAUAACUAAUCGAAAUCAAAAAUUAGUGGAGAAAGUCAAAAAUAUUUACAUUUUUAGUCCAUAAAAAAAAAAAGUUUAGUUUGAAAAAAUAAAAUUGUGA